AUGUGUCAAUACGAACAACCACCCGGACGACUAGAAACGCUGACCCUGUCAAUGGUGUUCUUCUUAAUGUAUCUCGAUGCAGGACAGUUAGCUACAAGAACAAUUUCUAUGUGAGAGUGCCUAGCGUAUGGAACAUUCUCCCUAGCAAUAUUCGUGACACUUCAAGAUCAUUAGCUUACUUUAAAAUCUCUUUAUUCAAUUACUACUUAAACCUUUUAGAACAAAUAUACAACCCGGACAAUCCUAGAACAUUUAAGUCCGUGUGCGUCAAAUGCCACUCAACUCGGUCUCUUGAUAGUUUAUUAGUGAGGACAUCUUGUUGACAUUUUAGCAUAAUUUGUUUUAAUGUUAUAUAUUGUAACUUAUUGUGAGGGGCCCCAUAAUUGGAGAUUAUCUCUGUGGCUAGUCCCUGCCCGAAUUGUAUGUAAAUUUUGUAAAGUAUUAGUCUUAUUUAUGUCUGUUAUGUUUGGCGAAUCUUGUAAAAUUAAAAUUAAAAUUAAAAUUAAAUGAAAAUUAAAAUUCUUCCUUCCAUAAAUUGAGAGAUCUCGAUGUAUUGUGUUUUAGAAAACCAGGAGUGUCCAGUAAAGGAAUGUAUAAAGUAAAGAAGGAAUUUCUAGCCGAGUUCAACCCGUUCUUUUAUCAUUAUGACACGAAUGAGCGGUCCAAGGUACAUAUAGUAAUUACGUAUAAGUUUGUAAAACCCACAUGCACGAUAUUUUAUUUAUGGCAUGGAAUCCGGCCGGACAUAAUUCUACUUUCUUACUAACUUGCAUAUCAUCGAUUCAUAACCCGUUGGAAAUGGCUUACAGGUAAACUUAGCCUGCGUGCAGGCCCAAGGGAACUGAUACUAUCAGUUCCCUUGGGCCUGCACGCAGGCUAAGGUAAACUACGUGAAGCGUUCCUAUUUUGAUUUCGUAACUCAUUUGGAGUUUUCCUCAUUAGCUUUGCAAAUUUGAAAAACUUUUUGCAAAUCCCUUGAGGGAAAUUGCAAUGUUCCUAUCGGCUGUUGCAAUAUUCCAAUGUAAACAAACUUCAUUUAAAAUUUCCCUAACCUCCUGUUUUAAUUUCCUAACUUCCUGUUCUGUUGCAAGCGUUGUUAUUGGUCGAUUAUUUUUGUUGGCCAAUUGCAACGCGCACUGAAACAGAACAGGGAGUUAGGAACUUGUAACAGGAAGUUAAGAACUUCGAACAGGAACUGAGGAAAAUUUAAAUGACUUUUAGCAACAUUGCAAAGUUCCUCAAGGGAUUUGCAAGGGAGUUUUUUAAAUUGAAAAGGUAAUGAGGAAAAUUCCAAUCAACUUAAAAACUCAAAAGAGUAAGGGUAAAUAACAGUAAAUUAUUUUAAAAAAAUAACAGUAAAUUAUAUCGCGAUGCUGUAAAUCCCAAAAUCAGAGAAUGCGGUAGGUCGUUUGCAAUUUGCCUCAAUUGAUGAUUCCAUGCUAUAGACUAAAUUUUGAUAAGGCAAGAAGAACAAAAUCUAAUACCACAGCUAGAAAGAGCGUCUUAGAAUGAGUAAAACUGCAAAGAUUGGUUGCUAAAUGUCGUAAAAUGAAGAAAAUAUAGCCAUGUGAAGUUCGCAAAUUUUGUAUAUAUUUGUAUUACGCGCGUUAAAAAUAACCACUUUCGACUCAAACUUUAUUUUGCAGCCAGCGAUUUAGGCAAGUUUGCAAACGACCUACUUUAUUAAUUUUCAGUUUUUCCGAUAAACAACGUUGCGUUAUAUAAUUCACUGUUUAUACUGUUGAAGCCAUAUUUCAACGUGCAGUAUAUAUAUUGUAUAAUCUCUGUUCACUUUAAUAUUCAGGCUGAAGAUCAUCUCAAAAAGCGAUGUAAAGAGGAAGAAAUCCCCGCGGGUAUGUAUAAAGAUAGACGAGAUCACCAUGAUUGCAUCAUUCCAGAUGAACGACAAGAGAUGAUUAAGUCUGGUUUCCAUAUGAUCGUAACGGUCGUAAAGAUUGAGUCACGAUCUUUCUCAUCGACCGAAAUACAACAUUUUAGAACUGAAAAUACGCGGAGUGAUUAUAACUAGAGAAUACUUAUGAUUUAUAUGUGGUUUACAGGUAUAAACUAUUAUAAACUGGCCGUUGAGAAAGAUCGAUAUUUUUACGACCACUACGAAACCAGGCUUUACAGGAGAAGUAAAAUACAUCUCCCAAAUAGACCUUUCCCCUUAUAACUAAAAUUUUGAUCUAGACAAGUCUAGACAAAAUUUUAUCACAGCUUGAAAGAGCAUCACAAAAUUAGUAAUAUUCCAAAGUUUCGUUGCGAAAUAUUGUAAAAAGCGCAUAAUAUAGCCCCGCGAAAUUUGCAAUUUUCAGUCAUUUUGUAUUGCAAACGGGAAAUUGAUGCCCCAACACCCGAUUGGGCUGUCAAUUUCCCAUGCGCAAUACAAAAUGACUGAAAAAUGGCAAAUUUCGCAAGGUUAUAUUAUCCGCAUUUUACAACAUUUCGCAACGAAACUUUGGAAUAUUACUAAUUUUGUGAUGCUCUUUCAAGCUGUGAUGAAAUUUUUGUCCAGAUCAAAAUUUUAGUUCUAAGAGGAAAGGUCCAUUUCUAUAUUAUCUGUUAAAAGAUUGUUUACCUUUAAAUCCUUGCUCAAGAAAAAUUGGGUACCAGAUAAGUGUUGCGAGGAUGUCAUGUAGCCUAAAAUAUAUAUUUGUCUGUUUUUAGUACGUAAAACCAUGUCAGAUGACUUGCAUUUCAAAAAUGUCAAUUUAGCCCAGCUGGCAGGCCAUGAGAACGUGACGUUCCUUAACUCCGGUCUGAAUGUCACAGGCUAACUGAAAUUCCCAAUUUCAUUAAAUUGUCGAAUUUUUUAAUCUUUUGCAGGCUAACACCCUGAAAAGAUCCGUUGACAUGCACCCCCCCCCCCUGAACACAUAGAGCGACUGGGAUCGAGGCAGGGUGAAACGCAUCUCUACAAAUAUUUUCGUUGUUUUCUUUAGUUUUCUCUCCGCCAGUCCCCACCGAGUUCCUAGCGACCUACUCCAGUAUCGUUGAUCUACUCACUUCGAAGAAAAUGAUUGAACUGCUUACUGUACUUCUUUGGAGGAUAACAAACAGCAACCCAAAAUCCUGGACUGAUAGAAUUGUUCAUGAGGUAUGUUAUACUUCACUGCAUAGCUCUAUCAGUUCUAAACUGUUCUCUCUAAAGGUCCAGUAAGGAUCAUCUCUUAUUGAUCCAGUGUUACUACAGGAGGAAACCUAAACUAAACUAAACUAACGUUAUUUAUACUGGAUAGCUCUAUUAGUUCUAAACUGUUCUCCCUAGAGGUCCAGUAAGGAUCAUCUCUUAUUGAUCCAGUGUUACUACAGGAGGAAACCUAAAUUAAACUAAACCAACUUUAUUUAUACUGCAUGGAUAGUUCUAUCAGUUCUAAACUGUUCUCCUUAGAGGUCCAGUGAGGAUCAUCUCUUAUUGAUCCAGUGUUACUACAGGAGGAAACCUAAACUAAACUAACGUUAUUUAUACUGGAUAUAGCUCUAUCAGUUCUAAACUGUUCUCCCGAGAGGUCCAGUAAGGAUCAUCUCUUAUUGAUGCAGUGUUACUACAGGAGGAAACCUAAACUAAACUAACUUCAUUUAUACUGGAUAGUUCUAUCAGUUCUAAACUGUUCUCCCUGUCUUUUACGGAUAUAGGUAAAAGAAUAAUGCUUAUUUUAUUUUUAAAGGUUUUGCAUCUAAUUGGCUUAGCGUUACACGAAGAAACCCGACAAAGAAACAAAGGAGAAUCAUUUGGUUUCGUUAGUGCCGCUACAAAACGUAGCAAUCAUGGUUAGUAUUCUAUUACAUUACAUUACUACAGUACACAUGCCAAAAUCUCACAUCCUGUAACAAGUCUGCCAACAAGCCGUCAACAAGAUAAGAUGUGUUCGCACUGCUUGUCCCAAGUUGUCAACAAGUUUGGAACAAGCUGUUAACAACUUGUAACAACCUUGUUGAUAUUGUCAGACUUGUUGCAAGGUUGUUGCAACAAGUCCGAUACAGUCAUGAUAUAACAAUAUUGUCACAACCUUGUGUCAUCAACCUUGUAACAUUCUUGUUAUAUCAUGACUGUAUCAGACUUGUUAGAACAACUUUGCUACAAGUCUGAUAAUGCCAUCAAGCUUGUUACAAGUUGUUACAACGACUGGGAACAAGCAGUGCGAACACAACUUGUCGACAGCUUGUGAACAGAUUUGUAACAACUUGUUUGCAGACCUGUAACAACUUGUGCGUGUUUGCGUGUGUACUGCAAUUUAGAACUGCCAGAGUUAUCCAGUAUAAAUAAAGUUAGUUUAGUUUAGGUUUCCUUCUGUAGUAACACUGGAUCAAUAAGAGAUGAUCCUUACUGGACCUCUAGCAAUAACAGUUUAGAACUGAUAGAGUUAUCCAGAGUAAAUAAAGUUAGUUUAAGUUUCCUCCUGUAGUAAUACUGGAUCAAUAAGAGAUGAUCCUUGCUGGACCUCUAGGGAGAACAGUUUAGAACUGAUAAAACUAUCCGGUAUAUUAAUAAAACACAAAACAAUAGACACUCCGAAAAUUGUAAACAUUUUAAUUCUUAUUAUCCGGUAUAAAAAAAGUUAGUUUAGGUUUUCUCCUGUAGUAACGCUGGAUCAGUAAGAGAUGAUCCUUACUGGACAUCAGAGAACAGUUUAGAACUGGUAGGGCCAUCCAGUCGAAGUAGAGUUAGCUUACUUUAUUAUUUGGUUCCUUUAAAUAUAUUUUCAGAUCUCAACCAUUAUUCUCUGUUCCGAUGCCUGGAAGCUUUGCAAGGCAAUGCAAUUAUCGAAGCGCAUAGUGGGCUUCUUGCGUGGGUUAUUAAGGUAUGGAAAAUACUAACAGACUAGCGAGGACAACACCCGUAAAAAUCUCACAUCUUGUAGCAAAGUCUGCUAACAAGCCGUCAACAAGUUGUGUUCGCACUGCUUGUCCCAAGUUGUCAACGAGUUUGGAACAAGCUGUUAACAACUUGUAACAACCUUGUUGAUAUCAUCAGACUUGUUGCCAAGUUGUCCCAACAAGUCUGAUCCAGUCAUGAUAUAACAAUAUUGUUACAACCUUGUCAGAACAACCUUGUGAUAUUUUUUGCUUGCUAAAGACCAGCUUGCUACAAGCCUGUUGCGAACACACCUUGUUGACAAGUUCUGAGAUUUUUACGUGUUCAAUACACCUAUAAUCAAUUCACAUUUUUUCACAUGCUUUUAAAAUGUCCUGAUAAUGUGGAUACAUACGCUAGAGCCGAAUAGCUCUUUUCACAACGACUUUGUCUUUGAAAGAAGAUAUUUCCCAUUUUAGAAAUUCAACGAGGAGCAGCCAGCCCAAAGUGAUUCUGACGAAAGAGUCAUGCCAUCGGUCGAAAACUCUCCACCAAUGGACGUCUCUGAUACUGUGCCACAUGACAAAGAGAAAGUUCAAAGACAACGGCUGGCUCAUGAGAGACGGGAUAGAAUCCUACUACAAAUGUCGAACAUGCAGAAAGCUUUUAUCAGACAGAAUUCUGAUCUGUAUUUGUCAACGAUAACAGAGUAAGUACGAAAAUGAGGGCCAGUGUUAAUUCAGAAGAAACAUUUACUAUAUAACUUUGCUCAUAUAUUCUCCCUAGCGAUCCAGGUUCACACGUAAAAACGCACAAUUUGUUACAAGUCUGCAAACAAGUUUUUACAAAUCUGUUCACAAGCUAUAAAGUUUGUUCGUUCACUGCAACCAGGUAUAUCAAUCAUGUUUCGCUCGCUACUCUGGCUUAAAUAAAUGAUUACAAAGCCCAGUCGAAUUGUAAUCAAGACCCAACGUUUCGACACUCCAGUCUAGUGUCUUUAUCAGGGGUGAUCUAAAACUGCGAUCGUGGCUUCUUAAAUACCCAAGGGAUGACGUCACCUGCCAAGAAGAUGCAUAUAUUCCUCUGACAAAUAGGCCCCGUCAUCCCUAUUCAAAGCAUGAUGACUCAUAUUUAUAUGCCACGCUUCUAGGCAAAGUCUUUGACCAUAGCGAUUGUUUGUGGUAAUUACUUUAGAGUUUUCCCACGCAAUCUCGUGUUUGGUGUAACAUACAUGUUCGGCUAAAGCUGAUUUUCCCUUGUUGUGUUCGCACUGCUUGUUCCCAGUUGUUGUGACAAGUUUGGAACAAGCUGUUAACAACUUGUAACAAGCUUGAUGGCAUUAUCGGACUUGUUACAAGGUUGUUCUAACAAGUCUGAUACAGUCAUGAUAUAACAAGAAUGUUACAAGGUUGACGACACAAGGUUGUAACAAUAUUGUUAUAUCAUAACUGUAUGUAUCGGACUUGUUGGAACAACCUUGCAACAAGACUGAUAAUAUCAACAAGGUGGUUACAACUGUUAACAGCUUGUUCCAAACUUGUUGACAACUUGGACAAUGUCUGUGACCAACCGAAAGCCUGCAAAUCGCAACCAACCUGUUCUCAACCGCAAAAAAUAUUUUAUUUGUUUAGUUUGGACGAUACCGCCAUGGAUGAAACUGAUUUGGAAGUGACGUCAGGCUCGGAACAGACCGUCAUAGCGAUCGGAAACAAUCAUAGCCCGCCGGUGACCUUUCCUCGCGAACAAUUCAUUUGUAUCUUAUGUCAAGAGAACCCUAGCUCGAGCGAAAGACCGCUUGUCUAUUCUGCAUACGUACAGCGUUCGACGCUAUUGUCUGACAACCAUAACCGCACCCUUGACGAAGGGGAUAAAGCGGACCCUCUGGUAUCAUAUAGAGAUCAGCGCGUGGGGACACACGUGGGUAGUUGUGGUCACGUGAUGCACGGUGAUUGCUGGCAACGGUUUUUCGAAUCGAUAUUAGCCAAUGACCGCCUGUCCCUGAGAUUUCGAAUACGAAAUGCAUUUGAUUUGACGAAAAAGGAAUUUAUAUGCCCGUUAUGUUCGGGUCUGGGCAAUACUGUUCUACCAAUUGUGUGUGCCGACGUCACAGCAGAGCAAAACAGGUAUGGUGAACAUUAUAGACGGAAAUUUUGAUUUAUAAUUUUGAAAUUAUCAAUAGACAAUUAACUUGCAUGUUAGACUAAGUUUUGAUCCAGGCAAAAAAAGUAAAUUCUCGUAGAAAGAACUUAUUAAAAAAUUUGGUUACGAAAUUUUGUAAAAUACGGAAAAUAUAAUCUUGCGAAGUUUGCAUAUUUUGUAUAUGUGUUUAUUAUAUAGUAGAGAGUGAGAUACUAAAAAAUACACAGUGAGUUAUUUUCCAUAUCUUCACUAGUGAAGAUAUCGAUCACGUGACUUUUUCCAAUUUGCUUUUGAGCGUGAAAUUUCACAAUUUUUUGCUUGGGACUAUAUAAUAAACAGAACAUUACACGGUGGCUUGAAGAUAUGACUUUUAUCUUCUCGUGUUAAAAACAAUAUUUUACUCACUCGUUCGUAAAAUAUUGUUUUCACCACUCGAAGAUAAAUGUCAUAUGUUUGCGCCGCCAUGUAAUAUCCUCUAUGUAUUACGCGCGGAAAUUGUUACCAUUUUUGAGCCGAAAAUGGUAACAAUUUCCGCACGUAAUACAAACAUAUACAAAGUUUGCAAACUUUGCAAGGCUAUAUUUUCCAAGCUUUACAACAUUUCGCAACCAAAUUUUGCAAUUUUACUAGUUUCAUCAUGUUCUUUUUAGCUAUAGUGUUUGAUUCCUUUCUCUUUACUUUGAUUAAAAUUUAGUCUAACGUGGAAGAUGUCCAUUGAACGUUUUAUACAGUGUGUGUUUAUUUUUUAGCGAACCUACUACAGCAGCGAACUACAUCUCGUGGUUCGUCUCAUUCCGAAAGAUCGAAUCAAAACUCAGCAAGGAUUUAAUGGAACUUAGUCGGAAUCGGGGUCAGAAAGGUAAAUUUCCAGGGAAAAGAUUCAUUUGCAUGCAUACAUUAACAAAGUCCUGAAAUUCAGCUAAGUCAUGUAUUUUAUUUUAGGCUCUUUGUGCAAGUCUCUAAAAGAGAAAAUUGUUCCUCUUUUUUUUGGGUGAGUUUCGUUUAUUGAUGAUGUUAGUUUCCUCCUGUAGCAACACUGGAUCAAUAAGAGAUGAUUCUUACUGGAUCUCUAGGAAGAACAGUUUAGAACGGAUAGAGCUAUCCAGUAUAAAUAAAGUUAGUUCAGUUUAGGUUUCCUCUUGUAGUAUCACUGGAUCAAUAAGGGAUGAUCUUUACUGGACCUCAAGGAAGAACAGUUUGGAACUGAUAGAGCUAUCCAGUAUAAAUAAAGUUAGUUUAGUUCAGGUUUCCUCCUGACGUAACACUGGAUCAAUAAGAGAUGAUCCUUACUGCACCUCUAGGAAGAACAGUUUAGAACUGAUAGAGCUAUCCAGUAUAAAUAAAGUUAGUUUAGUUUAGGUUUCCUCCUGUAGUAACACUGGAUCAAUAAGAGAUGAUCCUUACUGGACCUCAAGGAAGAACAGUUUAGAACUGAUAGAGAUAUCCAGUAUAAAUAAAGUUAGUUUAGUUUAGGUUUCCUCCUGUAGUAACACUGGAUCAAUAAGAGAUGAUCCUUACUGGACCUCCAGGGAGAACAGUCUAGAACUGAUAGAGCUAUCCAGUAUACAGUUAAUUCAGUUUUAAUGGUUUCCUCCUGUAGUAACAAUGGACCAUCAAAGCACGACCCCUGCUGAACGGCCGAUAUAGUACUUCGGUUUUGAAAGUGAUGAUUUUUAAUUUAGGACGGAGUUGUCGACUAUGGAAUCAAUGAUAACAGUUUUCACUCGAGCUGCAUUCACGGUAAUUGUUUCAAAUAUAUUUUGUUAUUUUCUGUUGUAUUUCCUGACCUCGCUCCACAUAAACUUACAUAAAACUGAGAUAUUUUCUCUUGUUUGUUAUUUGUCAGUUUGGUUUAAAUGUGCAGCCACAUGAUGACGACUGCAGAGUUCCGUUAAUGGUUUGGGCUACCUGUGCUUAUACUGUGCAGUGCUUUGGUAUGUUAAGAAAUUGUAUUAUUAUUAUUAUUAUUAUAUUACAGGUAAACUACGUAAAGCGUUCCUCUUUUUGAGUUUGUAAAUUGAUUGCAAUUUUCCUCAUUACUUUUGCAAUUUAAAAAACUCCCUUGCAAAUCCCGUGAGGAAAUUUGCAAUGUUGCUAAAAGCCAAUUAAAUUUUCCUCAGUUCCUGUUAGAAGUUCUUAACUUCCUGUUACAAGUUCCUAACUUCCUGUUCUGUUCUGGGCGUUGCAAUUGGCUAACAAAAAUAAUCGACCAAUAACAACGCUCAGAACAGAACAGGAAGUUAAGAAAUUAAAACAGGAAGUUAGGAAAAUUUAAAAUGAAGUUUGGAAUAUUGCAACAGCCGAUAGGAACAUUGCAAAUUCCCUCAAGGGAUUUGCAAAGAGUUUUUCAAAUUUGCAAAGCUAAUGAGGAAAAUUCCAAAUGAGUUACGAAGUCAAAAGAGGAACGCUUCACGUAGUUUACCUGUAAGUUGUUUUUUGUUUGUUUUAUUGUUCUUCUAGAUUAUUACAAAAUUAAAUAAGUUUUGUCUGACGUUUCGGUCUCCUAUACGAAAACCAUUUUCGAAGACUUGAACGUUCGUUUGUUCAUUUUAUCCGUUCAAGUCUUCGAAAAUGGUUUUCGUAUAGGAAACCGAAACGUCAGACAAAACUUAUUUAAUUUUGUAAUAAUCUAUAGAAGAACAAUAAAACAAACAAAAAAUUAAUGAACCUGGAUUCAAACCUUUUUACGAAUAUUAAGUUGUAUAGCGCAAAUUCAACAGUCGUUUUCAUAUGCGCUUUACGUUAAAUAUGUAAAAUACUGGAAAUAUUACAAAUGCCACUACAGGCUGAACAAAAUGAAAUCCUAAUUUUACACGCGCUAAUUGACCAUUUGCGUAAUAGACUAAAUUUUGAUCUAAACAAGUCUAGACAAAAAUUUCAUCACAGCUUGAAAGAGCAUCACAAAAUUAGUAAUAUUCCAAAGUUUCGUUGCGAAAUGUUGUAAAAUGCGGAUAAUAUAGCCUUGCAAAGUUUGUAAUUUUCAGUCAUUUUAGAUUACAAACGGGAAAUUGACAGCCCCAAAGGGUAUUGGGCUGUCAAUUUCCCGUUUGUGAUCUAAAAUGACUGAAAAUUGCAAACUUCGCAAGGCUAUAUUAUCCGCAUUUUACAACAUUUCGCAACGAAACUUUGGAAUAUUACUAAUUUUGUGAUGCUCUUUCAAGCUGUGAUGAAAUUUUUGUCUAGAUCAAAAUUUAGUCUGUUACGCAAGUGGUCAAUUGUGAUACGCCUUCUUAAGAAGGUACCUUUUUAAGGUCCAGACACACUGGACGCGAUUCGAGAACGCGACGCGAUUUUUCGAUUUUCACUGACCACUGUCUCCAAGUGUAGGCGACGUUUUUACUUCCAGAGGUUUAACUGGCAUCUUUUUGUUAGAUCACAUGUACUGUAAUAGUCACUCUGCAACAGCUAACUGUAAAAUUAUUUUUCUAAAGAACAUGGCUCCAGGGAAGAAUCGAAAGGCAUAGUGACCAGACAUUCUAGACGUGAGGUAGGGUUCGAUUCCUAGAAUAUGCCAGGGGUGUAUGUUCAUCUAUAACACCCAGGGAAGAAAAUCAAAGAAUAGUAAAAAAAAUGAAAGAGCAGGGGAAAGGAACAGAAAAAUUUCGGUGGAUUAAUUUGUAAAAAUCAGUGUUUCCACUUUCCAAAAUGAAUAUUUCCUUUUUUGUCCUGAUUUUUGGGACUAAAGAUAGUGAUAUGGGGAAAAGAAUCAAAUCAGAAAAGAAGGGGGGGGGGAUGAAAGAAUCGAAGAUCAUUGAAGAAUACACACCCCUGGAAUAUGCUUUUGUCUGAUUGUAAAUUCACCUGAGUCUCAUGGGAGUAAAGUGCUCACAGUUUGACUCUAACCAAUGGUUUUCGCCAAGAACUCAGGUUUUCUCAUGCAGAACACUGGUCCAAUAUGGAACAAGUAACAGUUUAGAAUUGAUAUCCAACUACACACGCAAAAACACACACAAGUUGUAACAAACCUGAAGCAGACUUGUAGCAAUGCUGUUCCAACAACUUGUCAACAGGAUGUGUUCGCACUGCUUGUUCCCAGCUUGUUAACAAAUUGUCAACGGCUUGUUGACAACUUGCUACGAGGUUGUUGAGCUCAACAGACUUGUUACAAGUUGUUCCGGCAACUUGUUAUCGUCCUGCAAUUCAACAAUUUGUCAACAAGUUGUGAGUGACAACCUUGUAGCAACUUGAUAAAAUAACAGCAUUGUUACAACUUGUUGACAACCUUGCUACAAGCCUGUUGCGAACACAUCUUGUUGACAAGUUGUGAGAUUUUUACUGUAAAGCUAGUUCGGUUGACUUUUUCAAUAUGAUGCAUUUAUUUCCGUUCUUAGGUUGAUGUCUUGAAGUCGUUAGUUUUCGUGGCGAACUCUACGAGUUCAAUGAGCAAACCAAAUUAUAUAGUCAACCAUUGUCUUCGUCUGAUCUCAGUGCUUAUUGGCAGUGAAAAAGUUCCUGCUGAAAAAAGAUCUAUGAUGGACACUGAUCUCUUUGACUGGAUGGUAAGUCUGAUGGAGUGUUGAUGACUGCCUUGAAACAUAUGCAGUUCGCAUGUGGAAAGAAUGCUUCCAGAUUGACUCUAUCAAUAGACAAUUCCCAUUAUAAACUAUUUUUUUAUCUUGGCAAAAAAGUAUAUUCGUGGAAAGAGCAUACUAAAAUUAGUAAAAUUGCAAAGUUUGGUUGCUUAAUGUUGUAAAAUGCGGAAAAUAUAGCCUUGCAAAUUUUGUAUACUUUUGUAUUGCGUGCGGAAAUUGCUACCACAUUUGGUCCGAAAAUGGACCUCUAGGGAGAACAAUUUAGAACUGAUGGAGCUAUCCAGUAUUACCAAAGUUAGUUUAGUUUAGGUUUCCUCUUGUAGUAACACUGGGUCAAUAAGAGAUGAUCCUUACUGGACCUCUAGGAAGAACAGUUUAGAACUGAUAGAACUAUCCAGUAUAAAGUUAGUUUAGUUUAAGUUUCCUCCUGUAGUAACACUGGUCAAUAAAAGAUGAUCCUCACUGGUCCUCUAGGAAGAACAAUUUAGAACUGAUAGAGCUUUCCUAUAUACAUUUCCAGGUAAAAAUGCGAUUUUCUUUGCCAAGUAUUGCCUGUCCAAAAGACUCGUCAGGAUCAGUUGACGAAGAUCGUUUUUCUUCUGUUGAACUGAAUGGCUUCGUGUUUCAUCUGGCUCUGGCAGCAAGCAUCGUACAAAUUCUUCUCACAACCUCUGAAGAUAUUCCUUCAGGUAAUUGUCAUUCAUAAUCACUAUGUGAGGUACACUCGCAAAAAUCUCACAUCUAUCAACAAGUUGUGUUCGCAGUGCUUGUCCCAAAUUGUCAACAAGUUUGGAACAAGCUGUUAACAACUUGUAACAACCUUGUUGAUAUUAUCAGAUUUGUUGCAAGAUUGUUCCAACAAAUCCGAUGCAGUCAUGAUAUAACAAUAUUGUCACAACUUUGUGUCAUCAACCUUGUAACAUUCUUGUUAUGUCAUGACUGUAUCAGACUUGUUAGAACAACCUUGUAACAAGUCUGAUGAUGCCAUCAAGCUUGUUACAAGUUGUUAACAGCUUGUUCCAAACUUAUUACAACAACUGGGAACAAGCAGUGCGAACACAACUUGUCGACACACGUAAAAAUUCACAAGUUGUUACAGGUCUGCAAACAAGUUGUUACAAAUCUGUUCACAAGCUGUCAACAAGUUGUGUUCGCACUGCUUGUUCCCAGUUUGUUGUAACAAGUUUGAAACAAGCUGUUAACAACUUGUAACAGGCUUGAUGGCAUUAUCAGCCUUGUUACAAGACUGUGCUAACAAGUUUGUUACAGCCAUGAUAUAACAAGGAUGUUACAAGGUUGUCAACACAAGGUUGUAACAAUCUUGUUAUAUCAAGCAUGUAACGGACUUGUCAGAACAACCUUGCAACAAGUCUGAUAAUUUCGACAAGGUUGUUACAAGUUGUCAACAAGUUGUUCCAAACCUGUUGACAACUUGUGACAAGCAGUACGAAUACAUCUUGUUGAUCGACGGCUUGUUGGCAGACUUGUUACAAGAUGUGAGAUUUUUACGUGUGUACAGCUUGUGAACAGAUUUGUAACAACUUGUUUGCAGACCUGUAACAACUUGUGCGUUUUUGUGUGUGUUCAGCUGAUCGAGUCGAAGGCUUCCUAUGCCUUCCCAGCCAAGCUUGAUGGCAUUAUCAGACUUGUUACAAGGUUGUUCUAACAAGUCUGACACAGUCAUGAUAUAACAAGAAUGUUACAAGGUGACGAUACAAUGUUGUAACAACAUUGUUAUAUCAUGACUGUAUCAGACUUGUUGGAACAACCUUGCAACAAGUCUGAUAAUAUCAACAAGGUUGUUACAAGUUGUUUAACAAUUUGUUUCAAACUUGUUGACAACCGAUGAAUCACGCUACGAAUAUUAACAUUUUGUAAACUCGAGAUUCCAGCUAUUUAAACAAGACAACAAAAUUCAAUAUUUCGACGUCAUUGUAAAACCUGACAGUCAUUUUAACUCUGACAAUCACUUUGAAAUAAAUUCGAAGUGUUACCCUGAAUUUUGUUAUCUUGUUUAAAUACUGGAAUCUUGAGUUUACAAGAUGAUAAGAUUCAGAGUUAAGAUUCAGAGUGUGUUUUAUCGUAUAUUAAACGAAGAGAUAUUGACUUCUCUUAGAUGAGAUGGACGACUGCAGUGGGCCAGAUUCGGAUAUUGCUGCCGAAAUGGGAAAUCUCUGGAAAACAUUGCGUCAACUUUGCAAGUAAGUUCGACUAAAGUAUUCAAAGUUUUACUGUUCUUGUUAAAUGUGGCAAAAAUAAGAUAAAUGUAGCAAAUAACAACGAAACUCUUUAGAGCUCUCGACGCCUAUGAACGGGGACCUCAUUCACAAAUAAUUCUCUCCUUACAGUCCUGCUGCACAGACAUCAAGUCAUCCAAAUCCUCAACGGCUGUUAGCACACAUCAGAAACCGCUUGUUACCAUUCCUCCGAUGUUGCGCGAUAUUUUUUUACAUCCUGAAUAGCACCCGAGUUCCCUUGGCUCUGAGAGGUAAGAUGAGGGGUACAUAGGGUUAAAUGGGUUCAAUGAGUUGAACUCAGGGACGGAUCUAGCCUGAUCUGCAAGAAGGGUGCAGGUUUUCCAUGGGGUGGUGCAUUAGGGUGCCUUACUGCCCACUCUCCUCUGCAGUUUGCAACGCUACUAUCCCAACAUUACCAUUAUUUGAGAUGGCCGAAUCUGCAUGUUCGACGUUUUACAUUAUCCUUUGUUUAUAAAGUUUAUAUCGACUUUUUAUAUCUAAUUAUCUGAGUUAAGCAUGGUUUGACCACAUUAACUGUGGUUUGACCAAUCUUAAAGUGAUGGUUAGAUCUUACAGAUGUCCAUGACUGUAAGCUAUCUUAAAGUGAUCUAAUGUUGUACGGAACUCCUGAGCUAAGCAUGGUUAGAUCAUACAGAGGUAGAACAUGUCCUUGAUUGUAAACUAUCUUAAAGUGAUCUGAUGUUGUACCGAACUCACUGCUGAGUUGAGCAUAGUUAGAUCGUACAGAGGCCACACAUAUUCUUGAAUGUGGGUGAUCUGACGUUGUACAGAACACACUGCUGAGCUAAACAUGGUUAGAUCAUACAAAGGUAGUAUGAAAGGAUAACCAUCUAAGAAUGCCAUGUUUUGUCUUUACAGAGAAUUUUGACUCUUUCGACAAAGAAUAUGAAGCUUUAGCGGAAAAUUUAGCAUUACCUCGAAAUCUGACCGAAAUAUUUGGCUGGAGUGAUUCACAGAAUACAUUUACAGAUGAAAUUGUGUCAAGAAUUGUAAGAAGGUAAGAAUACAGGCCUCAGCAGUUGCCUCAGAGCGUUAUGCCGGAAUCGUGUAAUAUACCAUGUGAUUCAAAUUUACAGAAAACACACGUAAAAAUCUCACAUCUUGUAGCAAGUUUGCCAACAAGCCGUCAACAAGUUGUGUUCGCACUGUUUGUCCCAAGUUGUCAACAAAUUUGGAACAAGCUGUUAACAACUUGCAACAACCUUGUUUAUAUUAUCAGACUUGUUGCAAGGUUGUUCCAACAAGUCCGAUAUAGCCUUGUAACAUUCUUGUUUAUAUAUCAUGAUUGUAUCAGACUUGUUAGAACAACCUUGUAACAAGUCAGAUAAUGCCAUCAAGUUUGUUACAAGUUGUUAACAGCUUGUUCCAAACUUGUUACAACAACUGGGAACAAACAGUGCGAAGACAGCUUAUAGACGACUUGUGAACAGAUUUGUAACAGCUUGUUUGCAGACCUGUAACAACUUGUGCGUUUUUACGUGUGUACACCUGAAAACGCACAUGUUGUAGCAAGGUUGUUGUCAAGCCAAUAUCAGGAUGUGUUCGCACGGCUUGUUCCCUGUUAUGGUAAUAAGUCUGGGACAAGUUGUUAUAUCAUCUUGUUACAAGGUUGAUGGUGGUAACAGACUUUGCUGCAAGUUGGUCCAACAAGACUAAUACAGGCUGUUCGUAACAAGUUGCUACAAGCUUGUUAUCAUCAACUUGUUAUCAUCAACUUGUUAACAACUUGUUACGGGCAGACGAUAUCAGACUUGUUGGAACAACUUGUUGCGAGUCUGUUUGCCUCAUCAACCUUGUUACAAGAUGAUAACAACUUGUUCCAAAUUUGUUGACAACUUGGAACAAACAGUGCGAACACAAUUUGUUGACGGCUUGUUGGCAAACUUGCUACAAGAUGUUUUAUUUUACCCUCAUAGUUCAUGUGCAUUUCUCAAUCUUUUCUGUUGUAGAUGGUGUACAAAUGUAAAUAUUCCAGACUCGUCUCUGAAUUCUUCGAGGUGCGUUUUAUUGUCAUUGAUUGUGAUUGUUCAGUGUUUGUGGUUCUACAAAGACUAAAGGCCCAUUUACACGAUACGAUUAGUUGUAUACGAUUGUCAUUUUGACGAAUGAAAACGAGUGCUAAUGCCACUUUUUUGCUCAUUCGCUGAUGGCGAAAUUUCAAAUGUGACGUUUGUACACGUGUUUAUUCGAUCACAUACGCCAGAGUAAGAAUCGUAUACAACUAAUCGUACCGUAUAAAUGGGCCUUAAUACUGUUUUGUUGUGUUUUGAACAGUUCGAUACUGUUACAAAGGUGCUUGAUCAGCCUUCCACACGACUACAGCGAGUUAAUCAGUCAGGCAUCGCAAUAUGAGUAA